AUGAAUGAACGUAAGGGUAAGGAAUCGUCCACAGCACCUUCCGUCUUAUUCAACAAAGAUCCAGUGAAGUUUACUGACCGCUUUAUUGGAGCAAUAAACUUGAAUGCCUGUGUUUUUUCAGUCUACUUUCCAAGACCUGGUUACCUGCCGGAAGUGUUGCGUACGCUUCCACCGCUCAACGAUCGAGCUUUCAUCGAGAGUCACUUCGCCAAAUCGCACGUGAAGCCGUACUCGUUGCCGCCAGUGAGGUUGAUGAAGAAACGGGUUGUGUACUGGAUUGUUGAAUAUGAGCCGCUGCUAGAUUCCUGUGAUAUGACUUUCGAUGAUUGGAUACGGAUUGCUACGGAUAUUAGAAAAGCAUAUCAUAAUUAUGAGGGUUUCGUUGUACUACAUGGUACCGACACUUUGGCUUAUACGGCUAGCGCGCUCUCGUUUAUGAUGGAAAAUCUAGGAAAGCCUGUGAUUAUUACGGGAAGUCAGAUUCCUGUCGCGGAGGUACGUUCAGACGGGAUGGAGAAUCUGAUUGGUGCUUUGAUUAUCGCUGGAAACUACGACAUUCCUGAGGUAUGCAUCUACUUUAACAAUAAACUAAUGCGUGGAAAUCGUACCAUCAAACUCGACAACGCAGCUCUCGAAGCAUUCGAUAGCCCUAAUAUGCAGCCGUUAGCCCGAAUGAAUAUCAAUAUUCAAGUGAAUUACGAUUCCAUCUUCCGUAGUGCAAAUGCGAAUCCUUUCACCGUACACGAUAAUCUUUGUCGAGAUGUGGGGCUGUUACGAAUCUUCCCAUCAAUGAGCAUUGAAUCGGUACGAUCUUUUCUACAACCCCCAACAAAAGGGGUAGUACUACAAACGUACGGCGCUGGUAAUAUGCCAACAAAACGACGAGAUAUCAUUGAAGCAAUCACAGAAGCGAUUAAGCGUGGAUGUUUGGUGGUUAACUGUUCACAGUGUCUGAAAGGCCAGGUCGACGUGAAUUAUGCUACGGGAAAAAUUCUUUACGAUAUUGGUGUGAUUUCUGGCUCAGACAUGACCUCUGAAGCAGCCAUGACUAAAUUAUGUUAUGUACUUGGUAAAGACGAAUGGGAUCUGGAUACUAAAAGAAUGAUGCUUCGAUCAAACCUACGUGGUGAAAUGACCGUCACCAAUGAAUCGAUUCUUACUCGUGAACUCGAUAUCAUUCCUCACAUUGCAAAGUGUUUACGACUUUCGUCUGGUGAUGAGGUGCAGCUGAUCAGGGACACAAUUCUACCGCCCUUGUUCUGUGAUGCAGCAAAGACGAACAAGCCGGAAAUUCUGAAACGUAUAAAGGAAGCUGGUGUGAAUUUCUCAAAUCCUGACUACAAUCUUCGUACUGCACUUCAUGUCGCCGCAUCAAACGGAAAUAUUGAUUCUGUAAAAUAUUUGCUGAGCAUCGGGGUCAAUGUACACGUGAAAGAUCUGUUCGGAUAUAAUCCACUUCUUUGUGCUGUGAAAGCAAAAGCACUCAAAUGUGUUGAGGUGAUUCGAAGUGCUGGCGGUAUCAUUGAUAUUCCACGAUAUAAACUUGGAGUGGAUCUUUGUCUGGCGGCAGCCCAUGGUGAUAUUGACCAGCUAAAGUGUUGGGAGGCCGCAGGCAGUAAACUUACCGAAACCGACUAUGAUCAGAGAACAGCUUUACAUGUGGCAGUGUCUCACUACCAAAUUGAGACGGUACGUUAUCUGAUAGGUGAAGGUCUGGAUCCGCUUGUCACCGACGACUUUGGCACAACACCAAUUUCAGAGGCGAAACGGAAGAAUUUUACGAAGGAUGAGGUACGACGCCGUGGGCCUGGCUGA